AUGUCUGACACCAAGAACAUGGCCCAGAGCCAGAGCCACGCUGCCAACUCGAUCGACUCGAUUCAGCGGGCACCAUCGUCCCAGCAGAAGGACACUGCGGUCGCCGUGGUGAACGCAGCUGGGGACGAAGGUUCUUCGGUAGUGCCGGCGGAUAAGGUUGACGACCGCAAGAAAGGGUUCUUGGCUUACUUCAAGACUAAGGAGUUUUAUAUCACCUUGGCUCUCGGACAACUGCUUGCGAUCGCCAACACUUCCACAAGCACUUUCACUACCCUGCUUGGGGAAGAAAGCUGGGCCAUUCCUACGUUCCAAACCUUGCUCAACUACAUCGUUUUGACUUGUAUCUUCACUCCUUACACGAUCUACCGUUAUGGAUUCAAGGGCUGGCUCCGUGUGAUCUACACCGACGGCUGGAAAUAUAUCAUUCUCGCAUUUUGUGAUGUUGAGGGUAACUUCUUCAUCGUUCUGGCGUAUCAAUACACGACCAUGCUGAGCGCUCAGCUGAUUAACUUCUGGGCCAUUGUGGUAGUGGUCGUUGUCUCUUUCUUGUUCCUUAAGGUUCGCUACCAUAUCACCCAGAUUGCUGGCAUCGUGAUCUGCAUCGGUGGAAUGGGUGUCCUGAUCGCCUCGGACCACAUCACCGGUGCCAAUGGGGGAGACGUCUCAAGCGGCCACCAGUUGAAGGGAGACCUCUUUGCUCUCUUGGGCGCCUCGUUCUACGGCCUUACCAACACCGCCGAGGAGUACUUUGUCAGCAAGAAGCCCGUGUAUGAGGUUCUGGGUCAGCUGUCUCUGUACGGCUGCAUCAUUGACGGCGUGCAAAGCGCCAUCUUCGAACGCAGCAACUACCACACUUCUGUCUGGAACGGAAAGGUGGGCGGCUACCUCACUGGCUUCACCCUCUGUCUCUCCCUGUUCUACUGUCUGGCUCCACUCAUGUUCCGAUUGUCUUCGGCCGCCUUCUUCAACAUCUCUCUGCUCACCAUGAACUUUUGGGGUGUCUGCAUCGGUAUCAAGGUCUUCCACUACAAGAUUCAUUGGAUGUACCCCAUCGCUUUCGUCUUGAUCAUCGUGGGUCAACUGAUCUACUACCUGGGUCGUAAGGCUUUGGCCGAGGCUCGCAAGCCCUGGCUGGGUCUGAACCAGGAGAAUGGCGUGACUGGCUUGUUCACGGCCAAGCAGAAGAUUCAGCACAUCGUGCCCGCGGGUGCUGAUCCCCAUGAGCAUGAUCCCGAGCGCCCUCCCACGGCGAACACCAGCGCUGCUUAA